GUUCGAGCAGAAUUCUUGCUUCAGAAUCAUAUAUGCAUAGGCGAUCUUUGAAGAUGUUACUUGCAUCCCUCAAUCUGUAUUUUACUUUCUGUCAACAUGUUGUGUAAAUUAGCAAAGAAGCAGCAGCAAAAUACGGAUGUCUGAUACCCAUCGUUGCCAGCAUCGUCAUCGGGUGUACUAGGUUUAGCAAGAGUACUCUUGGUUUUAGGGUCCGACGGAGCAAUAUCAUAUUGAAUAUGUCAGAAGGGAGCCGACACAAAGAGCUGUUUUCAGCAGCAGCUCAUUUGUCACUGUCGUCACGCGUUCGUGCUCUUCGAAGUUUAAUAUUCAAGUUGAAUUUCGGACUGCUCACAGUAGAAGGGCUGCUGAGUGAUGGACACCUCUUGCCUGUAUUGCUCAGCAAUCUGAGUAGGAAUGCCGCCAGCAACUUGUCUGGUGAUGAAGUUGACGAAGAGAUCAGGAGCGAGAUUGAGCUUUCUCUACAGCUUCUUCAGCAUGUCUCGCAGGAGACUGGUGGAGCAAUGGCGUUGUACGGCCUGAAUGCUGUGUCGGCACUGGCAGCAUUGAAACGUGCACACUGGUAUCACCAGCUGGCGUCCACCGCAGUGCCCGGCAUCCUACAGAACCUGACCGUGGCUGUCAAAUCAUCCAUUGUCUUGCCUGCGCUCGACUCAUCUGCUGGCGCCUACAGUCCACAACCACCUGCAUGCAAGCCUGCUGACGCAAGAGUGCCACCGUCGUCCACAGCUAGUCAUGUCCGACCACUGCAACACUGCUACGCAUCAUGCUGUGUGCAGGUUCUUGCCGGCUGUGCACGGCUUUUAGCAAGUGAUGAUGCAUCAGUGUGCGUGCAAGCAUGCCGCUGUCUUCGUGUUGCCCUGCCGUGCAUACCGGCUCUGACCUUGGUCAGGUCGGCCCCAUUGCUGGAGGCGCUACUGCGUCGCCUUUCUGUGCAUGAGGGCCGUGUGCCGACUGCGGCAGUGGUCGUGGAAGAGCUGCUCUACACCGGCCAGCACAUAGUGAAGAGUUUGCAGGCAUGGGUGAGCUGCCAGAGCAACCCACUCACCGCCUCACCUUCCAGAGCCUUGUGGCAGGACAUGGCCAAGAAUGAGUUCCUGUCCACGGCUAUUAGCUUGGCACUGUCCAUGGUUCGAUCGGCAUUGCCCUGGCCAUUGAUCAAUCGCUCCUUGACCAGGUCGGUCGCAUCCGUUCUUGUAACGCUUGUUGGGUUCAUGAGCCGUCUGAAAAUGUCCCUGAUGUCAUCACCUGAGCUGCACCUCGCUGCCCAAGAAUCCGAGAUCGAUGGCACGGUGGAGUUGCUGGCUCGCUGUGUUCGCCAUUGCUCUAAGGAACUGCAACAGAUGAGGGACGAGGAUGACGGUGGCAAUGGGAGCACGGGCCCGAGUGUGCAAGCAUCGCUACAGCACUUCCAGCUCGUCCUGUUGAGCACGCUAUGCAAUGUGCUUGCGCUGUUUUGCCCACCCAACAGGCCACUAGGCAAGAUCAUUCAAGAUGCAAUCAGUCCACUGCUACUCGAUCCGUUCCUGAACAUUGCCCAUCCGAAUGUCAUUGCUGGCCUGCUGACGUAUGCCCGGCAAGAUGUUGUCAAGAUUUGGCGAGACAUGCGUCACUGUGCACACUCGGUAGCUGCAGCCAGGGCAUUGACGGGUAUGACAGUGGACGAGCUGAAGCAUGAGGAAAACAUGUCACUCCGUCUUGCUCGCCUGUGCCUACCUUGCCUGGAGUUCCUCUGCACGUCUGAGUGCAAGCGCUGUGUCGACCACCUGUGCAGGUUUCUCAUUCCAAGAAUGGAAGAGUGUUCAGAUGCCCGCAGCGUGUUUCUUGGUCUUCUUGCUCACCAGGCCACUGCAGUGCGACGGCGUGUGUAUGAAAUUCUGCAUAGUGCGUGGCAGGACCGUAUGGCUACAAGCGAGGUCGGCGGUGGGUCUACAGCUGAGCCACACUGCAGCGGUCCGAGUCCUACAUCGCUUCUUCUCCUCGAGGAUGUCAUGCAGCAGAUCUGUCUGUUCGGCCUCUACGACACUUCACCCCAGGUUGUAGAUUUGUCCAAGGCCAUGGUGCGUCUUGUCCAGCAGUCCGCCCUUCAUUUCCGUGACCUCCACCUCUGCGACCAGUGGCGCAGCUGCUUGAUGCAGUCCUUACCUUAUUUGCAGGCGUACUCGGGCAACGAUGACAUCAUCGACACCGGUGUGAUGUCACUGCUGAGCAGUUCAGCUGUGUCGCACGUGAGUGGACUCUGUGCGAGUGAUGCUGGUGGAGGCGCACUGGAGUGUGUGCGUCUACGUGCUCUUGUGCGCUGGAUGUUCAGUAAACAUCACAAAUUGAGGUCGUGGGCGUUGAGUCAGCUGGUAAAGGCUCUUGUCAAGGAGGAUGCUAGCUUGAUUGCUCCUUUCUCGAAGGUGCCUGCGGGUACAGCUGUCGCGGAUAUAUUUAUUGUCGCAUCGCCAAUUGCACCUGGCUGUGUGGCUACUUCAAUCCCGGCUGAUCGCUUGAAGGAGUUGCUUGACAUUGUGAUCAACAAUCGUUUGGAUGCUUCCUUGCGUGUGUCCGCCACCCAGCAAGUCUUGUCAGCUGUCCAAGCAUGUCAUGGUGGACGACUGCCUGCCGAUCUAGGCCUGGAGCGCAUUGUGGACGUCAUGCGUAGCUGCAUGACCAAGUCUCACUCCUCCACACCGACCUGCAUCACUCUACUGGAGCCAUGUGUUGGGAUCUUGGCACAUGCUGCCGAGUGUACGCAGCACAUCAGGAAACAGCUCCGCGACUGUGCGCACCUCUAUUUGACAGUGUUACGAGCAUGCUUUCUGGCUGCGCACAGCAAGACUCUACACAGCUAUGCGGCACGACUACUCAUUCAGCUCGUCUUUGCCGAAUGCAGCUCUGACCAACCCAGUGCACGGGUUCGGUUUGUGUCUACACCGUGCUCGUCCACUGUACCCGAGGCCUGUUUCUGGCAGCAUAUCUUGGAGAGACUUGACAUUCGAUCAGUCAUCAAGCUCUUACCGAUUGUCAGUGCCCAUGCGUGUCAGCGGCUGCAGCUGAGUGACACUCGUCCCGACCUGUACAGUCUGGAUGAUCUCAAGCGCCUAUGCAAUGAAUGGACAGAGCUGACAGCACAGUGCACAGCACACACCAGUGAGCUGUGCGAUGCACUGCUGUCACAGCUGGCAGAACACCAGGACAGCUCUGCCGAAUCUGUUCCCAGCAAGCUUACCCAGGUGCACUUAUCAACCGGGUUUAUGGCUGCCCUCGCCGACGUACAGUCCGCUCGGGAUCAUGCAGCGGCACUGGAUGCCCUGCGACGGCUGGACCUCACUGUGACCGCUGCCGCAUCAGUGGCAUCGUGUGAUGAGAUGUAUGUAUCCGUGCCGCCACCUGAGCAGAGCAGCUUGUUCCCGCGCUGCGCUGCACCAUGUGACCUGGCUGGCAUUGUCGCUACGAAUGUCUUGGAUGCUACUGCAAGGUUCUUGUCUAACAUGCCAGCCAGUAAAGAUGACUUCAAUCUCUUCACCCAGCUCAUGACAUCUCUCCGCUGCGUUGUGGAGUUCCCAGGCAGUGUUGGAGGUAUAUCGGACCUGGCCACUGGCCUGGUGACCAACAUCCUAACUGGGGAUGGCAGUGUCUGUAUGGUCCUGUUACGACAACACCUGAUGUCCUCGAAUGCAACAGUGCGGGCGGAUUUGAGCGAGUUUGAGCAGAGUAAACGCAAUGCCUUGGGUGCUCUACUGGAGUUGUAUGCAGCAGUAACCAGGUUGUUCCCGCACAAGCUACAACAUUGUCAGUUGCUCUCCUUGAUGGCAGCUAUUGGCAAUGUCCUCACUGGUGCAGUGGAAACGUGGAGCUCAGAGCCGACCAAUGCAAUGGAGACGACAGAUUUGCUGCAGCUUUCGUCUACAUGUCUGCUAUCACGGGUUUUGACCUGUCUUGUUGAUGCAUCUUCAGGACUGGAAAAUGCGUUACUUGGUACACCCGGCAAGACUCGCGAUAUUGAUUACCAUCCCCUGUUUAACAUGCUGAGAGAUCUUGUGAAGAUUGCCAGUCGCAUCAGUGGCCAUGUCAAGGAUGGUAUGUCUCCUGUUGCAGCGUCACUGCUGCGCAGUGCAGCUCUGUGCAUUUCGCACAUUAGCGCUUUCCUCAGCUGCCAGGAAAUCCCCCAGAACUGGCGCCAGCUGUUCGCUGUCGGUGUCCAGUCGCCAUCGUCGAGUCACUUUGCAAGCAGUGUUGCCUGGAUGAAACCUCUUGUCUCGCUGUCAUGGGACGUUACGGUUCAGUGGUCUUGUCUCCAGUGGCUGUGUGUUCUGCUGCAAGAGCCCAGCACCAUUGCAGUUGUACUGGCUGCGUUCGAUGACCAUGGGCAUGACCAUGACCAUGGUGACAAUGUCUGGCGAUUAGCUCUGGAUUACUUACGUGAUGAGAGCCUUGGCUCCAUUGUGAGGAAACAGGCAUGCUUGGUAUUGAUUCAACUCACUCAUCGGCACACGCUUUCUGCCUUGUCGUCAGUCUGCCAGCAGACUUCACAGUCAUCGCGGGUACAGAACCUGUGCACUGUGCCGGGGCUGUUAGCCUGGUUGUCCGCCAAGACGGUGAAGUUCUUCCCAUGGCUGCACGAUGCCUUCGUACAGUGUUCUCCUAUGGGUUGCGGCAGUGUUAGUGAGGGUGGCGGUGACAACAGUGUCAGUGGCGACUGUAGCAAUGUGAAGUGCAAUGUGGACGCAUGGCUAGGCUGCCUGUGUCCGUUGCUACACAACUUGCUGUCGCUGUCGUGUGCACCGGUGGCAGAGCAGUUGAUGCAGCACAAUGUGCUCAGCGCAAUCCUGAGCACAUGUUGCUGCACACUAGCUAGCCUGACGCUGCGCCAGUCCUGCUGUUAUCUGCUGAGUGCUGUGCUGGGCGCUUCCAGUGUUGCACGAUCAUGGGCAGUGUCAGCAGACGGCCCGCCAUUGCUUCGUCUUGUGGCGUGUCUUGAUGGUUCCACUCCUGCGGCCAUAGCUCUGGUUGUUUCUGACAUCAUUGGACACUUCUUUGCACUGCCAGCGUCGACGGAGGCGCAACAGGCUCGUAUGACUGUUUCCACCUUCCUCUGUCAGUCUUGGACAACAUUCUCAUGCUGGUGCCGGCGCUUUCUGUCCAGUGAAUCUGAAGAGGAGAAGAUGUCUGCCCUGGUCUUGCUCAGCAGUCUCUUGUCACAUGCUCACACAGAAAAUAGGCAAGAGUCUGGUCCAGUGUCGGCACUUCUUCAGCUUCUCGAGUCUGAACAGGAUGAGAGCACCGAGAGUGGCAGCGGUAGUCCACCUUGUCGGACUAUCUCAUUCGCCACACCGCCAGCAACAACAGAAGUAACAACUGGAGCUCCACAUGGCGAUAGUGUGUCCAGUAUUGCUCAUCAGAGCCAGCAGCACCAGCAGCAGCACAACCUGUGCUCACGCUGUCUGGUCAUGUUCCUGAUAGAGACAAGUGAGUUGUGUGCAACAUCAGGGAAGCGGCUGCCGAGCGCUGCAAGUUCUGGCCAUGCUCUGCUGAUAUCUUUGCUUGCUCUAUCACCCCUAGCCAGACAGCAAGCUGUGAAAGCUGGCUUCAUUGGCAAGUUGUUGUCUAGGGUGGAGGAGUGUGUGCAGCAACUGUCAGCAGUAGCACUCAAGGUGAACUUGUCAGCUACAGAACGCAGGGCGCUUGAAGGAUCGACUGUGUCCGUCUGCCAAACUGCCUUGCGACUUCUGCAGAAUGUUGUGUAUCAAGACAGUAAUGCAAAGCUACUGCUGGUGACUGGGCACAUAGCUGUGUCUAUCCACCGCCUAUGGUGCUGGUCACUUCAACACGAAGUUCUGAUGCUGGCCAUGACUGGCUUCCUUUUGUCCUUUACAUCUAACUGCUCUCAAGCUUGUCAAUCACUCCUUCUGGCCUCUACGCCCGGCCCCUCCACCUCACGGUCGUCAACAAGAGUGAAAUCCGUGAUUCACUUCCUGGUUCAUCGUGUUACACAUCUAUUGUCGCUGACAUCCACACUGCGCAACUGUUCUGCACCAGCCUCGGCGGCCGCUGCAAACAGUAGCAGUAGCAGCUCUGCCUCCUCAUCAAUCUCAGCUCAUAAUGUAUCAUUGCUUCAGCUGUGCUCCGUGCUCGCCAACUGUGCACGCUCCACUGCAUGUCGGAGGGUGUUGAUUCGGGAGGGCCUUCUGACUCGCUUCCAUGCUACUGGGCAUCUUCCCCUAAAGGAUGGCGUGUUAGUGCAAUGCCUGCUGCAUAUCUGUCUGGCACUGAGCUUCAGUCAUGAUGGCGUGGCUCACCUCAUCAAGAUUCCAGGCAUGGUGGAUUGGCUGUGUGAUGUUGGGACAAGCCAGCGCCUCAGCACAUUGCCAUCCUGCACCAGCCUACUAGACUAUGUGCACCCGGUUGCAUUGGUGCCACGCUUGUGUGCGGCAACCGUUCUGCACAACAUUGGCAUUGAGCACAAGCGAUUGCUGAGCACAACUGAUCGUCCAAGGAAUUUAUUCCAUGUUCUCUUGCGGUCCGGUUCCGCGAGGGAGAAGCAGAUUGCGAAUGCUGCGCUCUCCACGCGCAAAGUAACGUUCACGGAUGUGCAAGCAACGUGACGACCUGCACCCACGGGCCAUUUGUGUGGGUUGCUGCUGUUACACAAUACACAGGGUGCUGUUCCAGGCCCCUUGUGCUUUGUCGUGCCUGCUAGGUUUUGUAUUGCCUGCAACUUCUGUUUCAAGUACCGUAGUGUCUUGUUUAGAAGCCGGUUUUGAAUGCAAGCCUGAUUUUUCGAGAUGCACUGUCGGCAUAUAAGCCUGGUUUUAGGUGUUGACAUACAUAGAAAUACCGGUCUUGUAUAGAAAAAAGUCAUGUAAGCUGCGGCUUUUAUGCACGACUAUACAGUAUGUACAUGUGGCUCGCCUUGCGUUGAUUCUGUCUCUCAAUUUUGUCGUUUUCUACUGCUCUCAAAGGAAGCAGUACAACUCCUCACUUUUGUUAUGCAUUCAUGCUUGAAAUGUAUUGGUGCUCGCGACAACUGUAAAUGAACCUAAUUAUUUCUCCUCUGGCACAAGGGGUGUUAUGCACAGCUCGUCCUUGAGUGGAUCCUGCCAAGAUUUACUCCAUCCAUCACGAAUGUUGUAUCAUACGUACUUGUAGCUUUCUGUAGGAACUUGCUGGUCAAGGUUAUGCCCAGAUACACACUGUUUGAAUUACCACUUUCAAGUAUUUAUUUUUUUAACACUUCAGUUUAUAGUGCUUUUUCUAAUUACUCAAUUUCUUUUUUACUUAGUAGCAAAGCAUUCAACCGACACGCUUGAUCUCUCUUCCACUGCACUAGUCGCAGAAAAAUUCAAGUUCCUACCCACGAGGAAACUCGCGUCACAUGGUCUACUACACUCUAUGCAGUACUGCGCAGGAGUCUAGCGCCUUGAGCCAGUUCACAUCCCGGUGCUGGCGGUCUUGGGCCGCACUGCCAGCUUGGCAUUCACUCGCUUGAUCGGAAUCAUAAUUAUAUUGAGCAGCACUGUAGAAUUGGGGUCAGUGUGCCUGCUGUCCGAAUCUGCCGAGAUCAAUCCACUUUCUUUCAGGCAUAGUUCUUUACACUACUCUUUUGCUCCAAGCAAACCU